UUUAAAAUCAAUUGUUUGAAUGUUUGAAUGUAUUAAUUGUUGAUUUUUAGUGACAAUUAUGAUAUAAUAUGUGAUAUUUUUUAUGGCAAUUAUUUAAUACAAAAAACAAAGUAUUAAAUAUUUUUAAAAUUGUAUUAAAACUAUUCAUAAAUUUAAACCAAUGGUUCAAAAACUAUUUCCACGUCGACUACGGCUACGAAUGGUAGCCUUACGGCGACCAUCGGCUCCAAUGGUGGCUAUGAUUGUCUUAGUAGUGAUUGUAUUGUUAUUAAUCACACACUUUGGCGGUGAUAAUCAUCAACCGUCAAGUGAUGAUAGUUUGAUUAACAACGCUCUGCCAUUAGUCGAUGAUAGUGCUGACAAAAGUGGUGAUCAAGUGGUCAGACCUCAAGUCAAUGAUCGGUCGACAAGAGGUACCGUUUAUAGAGAUGGAGUAUUAGGCAAUUAUGAGCCCAAGUCUAUUGCGGGACAACCGGCUAAUCGUCGACCGGGAGAUGAGGGACACAAAUAUCUGUUGGAAGGCGAAGGUAUCGAUUGGAAUGAAGUGAACUCCAAGAAGAACGAGUACGGCAUGAAUAUUGUUGCCUCCGAUCGCAUUCCAAUGGAUCGAUUGGUACCCGACUUAAGACACGAAGAGUGCAAAUACUGGCACUACUCGACAGACUUACCGUCGGCUUCAGUGGUCAUUGUCUUCCAUAACGAAGGCUUCUCAACGUUGUUGAGAACUGUUCACUCGGUUUUGUUGCGUUCGCCCAAAAAGUUUUUACGAGAAGUUCUUUUGGUCGACGAUUUCAGUGAUAGGGAACCACUUAAAGGACAAUUGGAUGACUAUAUAAUGCAACACUUCGGUGCUUUUGAGUACAACUGGUCGCCAAACAAUGAAAACCUUGACUUCGAGUCAUUGAAUGAUAGGUCCGGUAAAGUGAGACUCGUUCGCAACAAAGAGAGGUCUGGACUCAUCAGAAGUCGAGCUAAAGGAGCUGAAGAAGCAUUAGGUCAAGUGAUAGUGUUUUUGGACGCUCACUGCGAGGUUAACGCCAAUUGGUUGGUGCCGUUGUUGGCACCCAUAGCUAUCGAUGAACGCACAAUGACUGUACCCAUCAUUGAUGGCAUUGAUUCCAAUCAUUUCGAGUACAAACCUGUAUAUUCACGAAAUGAUCAACACUUUCGAGGCAUUUGGGAGUGGGGAAUGCUUUACAAAGAGAUAGAGUUGGAUAUGAAGAAUCAUACGAUAUCUCAUAGAGUGUCCGAACCGUACGACUCGCCCACACACGCGGGCGGACUGUUUGCUAUUUCCAAGAAGUUUUUCACAGAAUUGGGUGGAUAUGAUCCGGGAUUAUUGGUUUGGGGCGGAGAAAACUUUGAAUUGUCAUUCAAAGUAUGGCAAUGCGGUGGACGACUACAAUGGGUUCCCUGUUCACGGGUCGGCCAUAUAUACAGACCAUUCAUGCCUUACAGUUUCGGAUCGCUGGCUAACCAACGAAAAGGACCGUUGGUUUUGACAAAUUAUAAGCGAGUCAUCGAAGUUUGGUUCGAUGACAUAUAUAAAGAGUAUUUCUAUGCUCGCGAACCGAUGGCCCAGUUCUACGAUGCGGGAGAUAUAACAAAGCAGUUGGAGAUCAAAACUCGACUUAAUUGUAAAUCAUUUGAUUGGUUCGUCAAAUCUCACGCCUCGGAUGUGUUCAAAAACUUUCCAAGACUUCCGAUGAAUGUUAAGUGGGGUGAAGUCAGACACGUUCGGAGUGGUACUUGUCUGGACUCAGGCGGAUCACAACCGCCGUCAACCAUAUCAUUAUCCCAUUGUCACGGACACGGAGGCAACCAAUUGUUCCGAUUGAACCAAAAGGGACAGUUAGGUCUCGGGGAGAGGUGUGUGGACGCCAAUCGAGAUAAAAUGACACUAAUUUAUUGUAAGUUAGGCACUGUUAAUGGACCAUGGACAUAUGAUCAGGAAACACAACAAAUGCGAUACAAAAACAGAAGUUUGUGCCUAACAUUUGACGCCGAAGUCGGCAAAGUUCACCUCCAAGAGUGUCGUACCGAUGAUGAGUCACAACACUGGAUAUGGAAACAACUGAAACCCAGAAACUAAUAUUUUAAACUAAAUUUUU